AUGACAUUUUCGAAGUGCGUUUGCCUCAUCUGCCAAUCUGCCAUCGCAAUUCCAAAGAAGCGAAAUGUGGAGCGGCAUUUUCGGACUAUUCAUGGCAAAUACGACACCGACUUCCCGCUGAAAAGCGAGCUGAGAAAGAGAAAGGUGAAGGAACUGAAAUCCCAGUUGUCCGGACAGCAGUCAUUUUUCACACAAACUUCAAAAGCGAAAGUCGCCACCGAAGCAUCAUUCCGGGUGAGUCACAUCAUCGUUAAAAACAAGAAGUCCUUCCAAGACGGAGAGAUGGUAAAGGAGGCAUUCGUUGAAGCAGCUGACUCAUUGUUCCGAGACUUUAAAAAUAAGGCAGAAAUAUUAUCUUCGAUCAAAGCUCUCCAGUUGUCAAGAUGUACAGUUACACGGCGCUGUGAAGCCAUGGCUGAGGAUUUAACCCAGCAACUUUGGACGGACAUCAGAGAUUGCGAUUGUUUCUCACUGCAGAUGGACGAAUCUACGGACGUGAGUGACACAGCCCAGAUGUGCAUUUUCAUCCGUAUGGUGUUUAGUGAUAUCACUACAAAAGAAGAGCUAUUAACAUUACUGCCCAUGAAAGAACAGACGCGAAGAGAGGACAUAUUUCAGUCGUUUAAAAACUUUGUGGAGAAAACUCAGCUCCCAGUGUACAAACUGAUGUCUAUCACCACGGAUGGAGCUCCCGCAAUGGUUGGCCGCUUGAAUGGAUUCAUUGCCAAGUGCAGGCAGGACGAUGAUUUCCCGGACUUCCUAAAUUACCAUUGCAUAAUCCACCAACAAGCGUUAUGCGCUAAAAUGCUCAACAGGAAGGAGAUCAUGGAUGUUGCAAUGAAGAUCGCCUGUUCUAAUCGCGCCAGAUCUCUUCAAAGACGGUUAUUUCGUGCACAUCUGGAGAAGGCUGACUGCGACCACUCUGAGUUGUUGCUGCACACUGACGUGAGAUGGCUUAGUCGAGGGAAAUUCCUGCAAAGAUUUCGAGAGCUCUGUCCAGAGAUUAAGGAGUUUUUUCGUGUAGCAGCUGGACAUGCAGAAUACACGCAACUAAAUGACGGUCAGUGGCUGUUAGACUGGGCAUUUUUAACCGAUCUGACCAACAUGUUGAAUGAUCUUAAUCUAGAGCUGCAAGGAAAAGACAAAACAGUGAUCAAUAUGAUCAGCUCAGUUAAUGCUUUCAAACGAAAGAUGAAACAUCUCUCCUCAAAGCUGCAGCGCCAUGAUUUGGCAAACUUCCAGAACCUGGCGUCAGAGCUGGAGAUGCAAGGGAAGGCCUUCGCUACAUUCAUGUGCUAUCCUUUUCGGGAAGAUGCUGAGGUUGAUUCCCUCGCAUCACAAAUUGCAACACUAUUUCACCUGAACUCUUCUGGAGUGGAAGAUGAGAUUUUGACACUGCAAGCCGACAUUGAGCUGAAGUCCAGAGCUCAUGGACAGUUCUGGAACUUACUCACAGAGGUAAAGUACCCCAACAUCAGGAAAUGUGCUACCUCCUUGACUGCAUUAUUCGGCUCCACUUAUUUAUGUGAGUCAGCCUUUUCCCACAUGAAGAUCAUUAAGUCCAAGUACCGUUCCACCAUGACUGAUGAACAUUUGGAAGUGUGCUUGAGGCUGGCUGUCAGCAGCUACUGUCCGGACUAUGCAUCCCUGACUGAUUCAAUUCAGUGCAAGUCAUCAGAGUAA